CCCCCCUCAAAGGCUAACACAUGGUAUCGUCCAAACAUGGCAGCCUCCGUAUGGAAGCGCUGUGUGACUGCAGCAGUCAAAGUUAAAUGUUUAUCUCCUUCUCUUUCAGCGAGGAGAUGGUUGCUCUCAGCAGCUUACACAGACUCCAGACUGUGGGAGGAGAGACGCAGAGAUCCUCGGAGCCUCGCUCUACUGGCCAACGCCAUGGACCGGACAUACGAAAGGAAUCUCCCCGUCAGCUCUCUUUCCAUAUCUCGGUUUGUUGAAAACAUUUCAUCCCGGGAGGAAGUUGAUCAAACGGAGUACUACCUUUACAAGUUUCGCCACAGCCCUAACUGUUGGUAUCUGAGAGACUGGACCAUUCACGACUGGAUCCGACAGUGUCUGAAAUACGGGGCGAGGGAAAAGGCCAUGCACACGCUUAAAAACAAGGUCCAGUAUGGAAUAUUCCCAGAUGAUUUCUCCUUCAACCUGCUCAUAGAUUCUCACAUUAAAGAUGGGGACUUUCAAGGUGCGUGCUCUGUGGUUGAAGAGGUAAUGCUACAGGAGGCCUUCGACCUUCCCUCCACACAGAUCCUGUCUCUGUAUGCUCUGGGUAGUUACCUAGCAACCAGACCACAACUCACCGUGUCAGAAGAGCGGACGCUGGGAGCAUCUCUUUUCAUCUGUGGACUGAAGCAAGACAACACUGUCGGACUCAGCGCUCAGCUACUCGGCCUUGCUCUACUAGGUAAAGUGGAGAUGUCAAACGGCAUUCAUGCUGUGUUCAAAGGGGCGCCUCUCUUCUGGGAGCGUGGCUAUCUGGGCCGAGUGCUGGCUGUCAUGGAGAGAGUGGCUGCUGCCUCUGGUGAUGUCAAGCUGUCCAAUGACACACUGGACUGCGUGAAUGCUUUGCUGCAGGAGCUCUCGUCCGCCUCAGACUCAGACUCGUCUGGAGACGAAUCAGAGGGUGAAGAGGACAAGAAAAGGGAAGAGGUGGAUGAAGAUGAACAAGCCGAACAUGCUAAGCUACCUCAAUAUGUCAGCAGAUUCAAGGAACUGAGGAGCGAGCUGGAGUCUCAGGGUAAAGUGGACUCUGCCUCCUUUCAGGCUUUGGUUAGCGCUCUGGCCCAGCAGAACCUGGCGGCUGCAGAGAAACCGGACUUGGAGCAGUAUGAGAGGCGGAUGCAGGACUGGGAGGCCGAGAAGAGGCAGCUGAUCCAGAGAGAAAAGGAGAUGAGGGAGAAGGCAGAGCAGGAGAAACAGGAGCGGUUAGCUGCACAGGCUGCAGCCCAGCAAGCAUAGAGACCUGUCUGUUAAAAUAGUGAAUACUCUGGAGAUCAUAAGACUUCUAUGUCUGUAAAAUUUUGAAACAUUAACAUUGUCACCAUCGCAUUUGCAUGUUUCACCAGUUUUUUUUUGAAGUGUUGAUUAUUGUGUCUUCAUGUGAUAUGUAUUGCUCUGUUUUUUGAUAAAUAGGGCGAAUAAAAAUGUGUUUACGGAUGUGAAA